AUGGUGCCGCGCGAGAGGCCCCAAGAGGACAGCCAGCCGCCGCCACCUCUGCAGCCUGCGCACCAGGAUGCCACGGCUGCCAGCCCCGUGCCUGUAAUCGGCCCCCGGGCGUACAUCGAGCAGCCGCUGGACUUCCUGCCGCUGUUCCUCAUGACGCCCCACGUGGCGUCCAUGGCGCCAGGCGAUGCGCUGCUUGCGGGCCGCAGCUGCAGGCCCCGCAAGCCGUUGGAUGAUGCCUGCCUCACGGCAUUCCUGACCGCAGCGAUGCGGACCACAACAGCCACCGCCGACAUCUUGGAGUUCACAUCUGCGGAGGUACUGACUGAGGCUUUUCACAGGAUCGUGGGGCGCCCGUGGGAGUGCCCACCGGGAUAUGUGUCGAUGCUCAGCCUCAUGGCAACGGGAACGUGA